AUGGUUUUUAUUCCUUUUACAGCUUAUUCAGAUUCCAUUUCUCCAGGUCUUUUGCUGAGCACAAGCUGCUUCAUUGCAGGGAUAUCCUUUAUCUGUGAAGGACUCAGGACGAACCCUUACUGCAGGAAGAGGCCACUGAGCCUCUUAACUAUAGCCAAAAGCUUCAAAAGUCUAGUGAUAAUGGCACAUGGUAGAGGGUCCCUCUUCCACCUGCAAGAGCCACUAAACCAUUAG